GCUGUCACAGAAGGUGGAAUGUUUCAUCCUCACGAGCUUCUCUAUUGGUCCUGCACAGGAAUUAAUUCGCGUGUGUCCCCGUGACACAAUAGGCGCUGAUAAUAAAAAGACCAAGGACAGGCAGUCGUGUUCAAAAGAAAAGCGCUUUGCGGAGGGGUCUUUAAGUCUCAGCAUGUGCACAUAGACUCAACCUGAGCGAAGCCGCCAGUCUAUCUCACCAGAUCUUCAUUACUCGCCUUUGUUGCUGGAGCGACGCAUCCAAACCCGACUUAACAUUUCUCAUUUAAAAAGCCCUGUGGUCUUCAAGGAGCAUGGAGUGGCAUCUUUUUGUGUUACUUUUCAGUCUGGGUUUACCAUCAUCCACUCAGGCAGACUGCUCAGCCCAGUGUCUGACAUGUUCUCAACAGGCACAGAAUGAAGAGUCUCAGAUUAACACUCUGGUCUGCACAUUAGAGUGUGAAGGUUCUUUACCUUCAACAACUGAAUUUGAGAAAUGCCAAGAAGCUCUACAGAUGUAUCCUGUCGGAUUGUUGGGGACAAACUAUAAAAGUGACCUUGAGGCAAUCAGGCCUGACAAGAUUGACAAGCAUGCAGAAAUAUCUCUUAACAAUUUGGUGAAACGUUAUGGAGGGUUCAUCAAGAAAGUCGAUAAGAACAAGAUAUUUAGCAGUUCUCCUGCACGAGAAAAUUCCAGCCUUAAGGGUGGACUUGCUAAGAAAUAUGGAACUAUAUUUAGGAAGUUUGGAGAAAGAGACCUCCAGGAUGUGACCCAAGACACAGUUCAAGGAGAUGGCUCUUUGGAAAAUGAGGAACUGGUCUAUCACGAUGACACUGGUGCACUAAAUGAGGUUAAGCGCUAUGGUGGCUUCUUAAGGAAAUUCAGGCCCAAGAGAAGCUUUGAUUAUGAAGAAGACAACAGCCAAGAGGAGCUACAAAAAAGAUAUGGAGGAUUCAUGCGAAGAGUGAGACCAAAACUCAAGUGGGACAACCAGAAAAGAUAUGGUGGAUUUUUAAGACGUCAUUUUAAAAUCUCUGUUCGAUCAGAUGAAGAGCCCAGCUCGUACUCUGAUGAAGUGCUUGAACUAUAAAUUAUUCAAGGUUAAAAGGUAAAUGACUUGAAAGACUUCUAAUACAGAUCCACUGGCAUUUCCCAGUUUGCUUGUCUUUUUAUGUUUAAGGAGAGCGGAUAAGGGGGUUAAAUUAAACAAAAUGUCUUCAGAGGUGAAAGAGGGUGGAAGAGUGGUGACAUUUUCAAUGUAUCUGUGUUAAUCCUAUGUUUGCAAAAAAUAUAAAUUAUACAAAAGAAAAAAAAGAUGCUUGUUUCAUAACAAUAAACUGCAAGUACUUUUAAGUGUCCAUGCUGCAA